UGUGUGACUGUGUGUGUUGGUGUUGGUGAUUUUUCGUAAUACUUUCGUAGUUUCGAAUUUUCUUUCAUUCCUCCAAAAAGUUGUAUUGUACCUUCUCUGGCCAAGACGAUGGCGGCUACAUUAGGAAGAAUUUGUGGCUCUAAAUUGCUUAAAUCAGUACCUGCAUUAAAUCUGCAGCAGGCUAACAAUUUGUCCACUGCCAAAACAUGGACUAAUGGCCAAAAGAAGUUCAUUGCCACUAUUGGCGCCUUAACCGGUGGUGUUGGUGCUUUGAUCUACGCUAUGGAGCAAUCAGUUGAUGCCUCCGGCACUGAAGUUCACCCACCAGCCAUGCCCUGGAGCCAUAAUGGUUUGAUUGCAGCAUUGGAUCAUGCCAGUGUACGUCGUGGUUAUGAAGUGUACAAACAGGUAUGCUCGGCCUGCCAUUCAAUGAAAUACAUUGCCUAUCGUAAUUUAGUUGGUGUAACUCACACUGAAGCUGAAGCCAAGGCCGAAGCUGAGGGUAUUAUGGUUCGUGAUGGUCCAGAUGAUACUGGUAAUUAUUAUGAUCGUCCUGGUAAGUUAUCGGAUUACUUCCCUUCACCUUACCCCAACGAAGAGGCUGCCCGUGCUGCCAACAAUGGUGCCUAUCCUCCAGAUUUGAGCUACAUUGUUUCAGCCCGUAAAGGUGGUGAAGACUAUAUCUUCUCUUUGCUCACUGGCUACUUCGAUGCCCCAGCUGGUGUACAAUUGCGCGAGGGACAAUACUUUAAUCCCUACUUCCCAGGUGGUGCUAUUGGUAUGGCUCAAGUCUUGUACAAUGAGGUUAUUGAAUACGAAGACGGCACCCCAGCCACCCAAAGUCAAUUGGCCAAGGAUGUUGCCACUUUCCUUAAAUGGACCUCAGAGCCAGAACAUGAUGUACGCAAGAGUAUGAUUGUUAAGGUUAUCGGCAUUAUGUCUUUCUUGACCAUCAUCUCCUACUACAUUAAGAGACACAAGUGGUCCGCUUUGAAAUCAAGAAAGAUCUUCUAUGUACCCAAGAAAGAUUAAACUAAAUUACGUAUAAAAUAUAAAUAAUAACAAAUUUAAAUAAAAAUAAAAAAAACGCCACACAUUUCUAUUUACAAACAUAAAGAGUAUGCAAUUAGGCUCACUUAAAACCAAGAACUAGAGCCAAGCCACCACUAUCACCAUCAUCUAACGAUAAUGUAUGGAAAUUAAAUAAAUGAAUAAUUAAACAAACAAACAAAAAAUAUAAUGUUAUUAGAAAAAUGUUAAAUCUUAAAGCUAAACCAAGAAAAAGUCAAACUAAAUAAACAAACAAAAAAUUACUAUUAAACGUAAUUUAAAACAAACCAACCAAUUAAACAAAUUUUCAAUAGAUAUAUCUUAUUCGUUUCUUUUCUUAUAAGAAAUGUUUUUGUUUCAUAUUUAUUUUAACCAGCCCUGCCGACCCGUCUACUAUUCUAACUAGUAUACUGCUUUGUUUUCAUUCUUUUAAAAUAAGAUUAAGUUGAAUUUUCUAUGAGACAAAACCAAAAAUUUUUUAAAAAAAAUAAUAACAAAUUUAGCAACCAAAAUGUUAUUUAUUUUAAAACCUUUCUUUAGUAUUAGUUUUGAAUAAGUUUAUGCACAUUUAAAUUGUAUAUUUGAGUUGAAGAGUUGUUGCAGCCAAUCAAUUACUUCGCAAAAGAAGAAAUUCAAAUUGUUCGUUGUCAUUUCAAGAGAUAUCUAAAUAAAUAAUUAAAAUCUUAAA